AUGGAGCCCGCGGGGGUGCGCAAGGAGUGGUGCGUCGUCCCCGACUCCUCGCUCCGCUCCAAUGGCGCCAAGGCAGAGCUGCUGAUCCCUCAGUUGGAAUUCCUCAAUGAGGAAGGAGCACACGCUGAGCUCUGGGUGGUGUCACAGAUUUUCGUGGACACACCUGACAGGACAGUUUCUGAUUCGACUCGCUAUUUGCAGAAAGUUACUGCCAUUUUCCUAGAUGGUAGAGGAGCUGCCCUUCUCAAGUAUCAAUGGAAAGAUGCACAAUUCAAGUGUAACAGGUGGCUCAGCGUGCAGGUGUGGCGUAAGAUGUGGUACCAGAAAAUGAAGAUGAAGCUCAUCGUCCUCGGCAUCAUCGUCGCGCUGAUCCUCAUCAUAAUCCUCUCAAUUUUCCUGGGCAUAUGCGGCAACAAGGCUCCAGGGAGUGCUGACGCUUUCCUCAUGAUCAUGGCCAAGAAGCUCCACAAUGGUCUCCCGAAGGAGGUGACAGUGGAGAGGGCGGCGACGACGGACGAGAGGCUGCGGUACCUCGAGUUCGUGCGGCAGGCGGCGGCGCAAGUGCAGGCACCGGUGAGGACGCACGCAAUCCGGACGACGCACGAGAACAUUGACAUGACCAUCAAGGCUGCUGACAGCAUCCUCUCCCAACUCGACCUUGCCCACCGUGUGCGAUCAAGAUGCUAG